CCCCAACUAUCCACAUCCCAAAACUAUUGUACAUCUCAGCUGUGGAGUUCGUCGUCACGAUUUGCGUGCAAAUUUGUUGAGAAACACGUCAUUUUACUUUAUACUGAGAAAAGUCUGCAGGGUAACCAGUCCAACAUUUUAAGGGUGUUGAUUUUUGUUCGGGGAUAAAUCUCCCCUCUUUCCCAACAUCAUGUCAAUGUUGCCUUCUUUUGGGUUUACCCAGGAGCAAGUGGCGUGCGUUUGCGAGGUGCUGCAACAAGGUGGGAACCUAGAGAGACUGGGACGCUUCCUCUGGUCUCUCCCGGCCUGUGAUCAUCUGCACAAGAACGAGAGCGUCCUCAAAGCUAAGGCCGUAGUGGCUUUUCACCGGGGGAACUUCAGGGAACUGUACAAGAUACUCGAAAGCCACCAGUUCUCGCCGCACAACCACCCGAAGCUGCAGCAGUUAUGGCUAAAAGCGCAUUACGUGGAAGCGGAGAAGCUGAGGGGCAGACCUCUGGGCGCGGUGGGCAAGUACAGGGUUCGGAGAAAAUUCCCACUGCCCCGUACCAUCUGGGACGGCGAGGAAACCAGCUACUGCUUUAAGGAGAAGUCUCGGGGAGUUCUCCGGGAAUGGUACACCCACAACCCGUAUCCCUCCCCCAGGGAGAAGAGAGAGUUGGCCGAAGCCACGGGGCUAACCACUACCCAAGUUAGCAACUGGUUUAAAAACCGAAGGCAGAGGGAUCGAGCGGCUGAAGCCAAAGAGAGAGAAAACAACGAAAACAACUCCGGCAACAACAAACAGAACCAGUUAUCCCCACUGGACGGCGGCAAGUCCCUGAUGUCCAGUUCGGAAGACGAGUUCUCACCCCCGCAGAGCCCGGACCAGAACAACGUGCUUCUGCUGCAGGGAAACAUGAGCCACCCCGGCGCGUCCCCUUACCAGCUAGCCGGCCUCAGCGCCGCACACUCCGUGCACGGCAUCCCGGGACACGCGCACCAGCUUCAGGAUUCAUUACUGGGACCGUUAACUUCGAGCCUUGUGGAUCUCGGUUCAUAAACAAAUGUUGAGGCUUGAUUCCUCUUUUUAUAUUAAAACAAUAGACUAAGGCGAAAACUGUUUAUGAUGUGGGCGGAAAGCUGAUAACCCCCCCACUUUUAGAUAUUAGCCGAAAUGUGACAUAAUACUAGACAGGGGACGCGACUUCUGAUGGAAUAUAAACAAAGAUAUAUGGAUGAACCAUCUUCUUGGCGAAAAUGGACAACAACCUCUCAAUCCUACAUAUAUAUGAAACGUAAAGAGCCCGAUCCCAUCCCAUUACCAUGACAAGACUAAGCUAAUUAAAUUUGCGUGCUUUGUUGUAUAAAUACGCAUAAAGUUGAAAGUAAUCAACCGCUUUAAUUUGAACGAAACCCCCAACUUACACCGGGCAGUUCAUUUUUAUAAAAAUAAAAACGCGCGUGCCAUGCAGUGGCCUUUAUUUUAUUUCGGUUGCGAUUGUUUUUCUUCUUCUUUUGAAACACUGCGGAAAAGUUUCAUGAUCUACAAAUCCACGACGUUCACAUUUUGUGGGACAAAACUGGCUCCGAGGUAGUUUACAAUAAACAAGAGAGAAGAAAGAUA